CAGCAUGCUCUAGUAAACAAAGCACGUCCGUCAAAUCUGCAGCGAAGAAGAGUCAGAAGUCACUCUGUGUCGGACUGGUCACCUCUGAGAGGCGGCGGUGCUUCAUAAUGGGCGGACUGGUGUCCAGUGUGUCGCUGCGCCCUGCAGACAGGCUCACACAGGUGGACUAGUCAGACAGGUUUGGAGUUGAAGCUCUUUUGUUCACUCGGUUUGAAGGCGAUGUAGCUAUUUGGAGGAGUUAUCAUGAAGAUAGUCGCGACUUUAACGCUUCUACACCUGAGUUUAUGUGCGACAGCUGCAGUUUCGGGGAGUGACUCCACCGAAACGGCUCUGACAGCCGCACCGGGCGACACCGCGCUACUUCCGUGUUACGCCGUCGGUAACGUAACACCGACUGUGACAACAUGGAUGAAAAACGGACAAGCGCUCGUGGCAGGUGGGGAGUCCUCACCUGGCCCCUCACCUGUCGGCGGGGAGCGCCUCUCAGUGCUGCAUGAUGGGAGUCUGAGCAUCAGGGGGGUGACACCUGGAGAUGAGGGCACCUACACGUGCAGCUCCACACUGCCGGGCAACAACAUCUUCCACGCACGCGUCCUGCUGCGAGUGGCCA